UUCACAUCUUUUAUUCCACUCAAAUUUUUGUCCAGAAUUUUUGAAGUCGUGUCGUCGGCAAUAUACUCUUCUCCUCAUUAAACCACUGCCAAAGGCAAACCGUCUCCUCCGUAGACUUUCACUUUGAUUAAAGUUAAAAGAAAAAAACAUAAAUAAAUACAAAAUGGUUCAAGCAAAAACACAAAAAGUUGGCUCAUCUGGAUUCACCAAAGAAGAGGAACUCCUGCUCAACGAUUUCAGCCGAAAUGUCUCAACAAAAUCAUCAGCCUUAUUCUAUGGAAAUGCCUUUAUCGUAUCUGCCAUUCCAAUUUGGCUCUUCUGGCGUAUUCACAACAUGGAUCUCUUGUCCAGUGCUAUUUUCUUCCUCCUCAUGACCGGAGCUAGCACAUAUUUAAUGGCCUUGGCCUACAAGAAUAUCAAAUUCAGUCUGAAGCACAAGAUCUCUGUGAAGCGUGAAGAUGCCGUCACUCGGGAAGUUAACCGCCAAUUGGCCGAUGACAAGAAAAUCACCAAGAAGGAAAAGGACGAACGCAUCUUGUGGAAGAAGAACGAAGUUGCCGACUACGAGGCAACCACCUAUUCCAUCUUCUACAACAAUGCUCUUUACUUGACCAUUAUCAUCUUCAUCAGUUUCUUUAUUUUGAAGAACUCCUCGCCAGCUGUGAAUUAUAUCUUUUCAGUUGGUUUGGCCAGUGGAGCACUAGCGCUGUUCUCCACCAGCACUCAAACAUACACUAACUAAGGAGAGAGGCUGAUAUUCAUUUUUUUUUUUCUUUUUUUAUUAUUUUUUCAAAUUUUUCUUUUCUUUGUAUAUUUUUCAAUUUUGAAAACAAAAAAAAAAAAACGAAAGAAAAUAUAGUUUGUAAUUAAAAAAUAGAUUACACAUAAAUUUCUUCUGCGGAGAAGUCGAAAUAAAAAAAAAUGAUUUAAUUAAUUUAAUACAAAA